AUGCAUGAAAUAGCUUAUCACUUAAAUUCAGAAGCUAGCUGUGGCAGCGCCUCGAGGUCUUCACCUUCGCCUGAUGGAAGGGCUGUACGCGAAGCCAUACGGAUUCCUGCGUGUUCUCCUUUAUUCAUUCAAGCUCACGGAGGUAUCGGGAACAUUCCCGUGUCAUGGAUUUUACCACGGGCAGCUGUUGCUCAUGGGCAUCUCUCGCUGGGGCUAGAUAAACUGCUUGCCAACAUUUUUCCGGAACCACGUUGCUACUCAGUAAAGGGUCCUCAAUUGUCUUCUCCUCCCAAACCUGCAGUCAUGCAAGAAGAUUACUCGUACAUCAACAGGCCAGAAACCACGACUUCUUCGUUCUUCUGGAGGCACAAAAACGUGGCGGAGCAAGCGAAGAGUGCAACCACUCCAUCAGCAAGCGUCAAGACAAAUGGAAUGGUUUCAGGGACUCGCGGCUUACAGCAACCGCUGUCGGAUGAAGCUCAAGCUACAACAAAUUUGUACACAGGAAUAACGGAAAGGUGGAGGGACGACAUGGCUGUCGAGCCCCUGCUUGUGAUCCCUUCACCUUGCCUCACUGCUGCGUCAUCUACAGUAGACAACGAUCAAAUUGACAAAUACCUGGGUGUCUGCGAAUCUCGCAAAUGCAGUGGAGGGCUGCCGCGAGCGGCUGCUUUCAACACGGAACGUUGCACGGUGAGAUCACAAAAGCAGCAUUUCCUUCCUCGGCCUAAUUCCAACGGGCAGCCGAGGGCCCCAGACAAUGAUGCGGAUGGAAUGGAAGCCCAUCACGCUAGAGCCUGUACAGCAAUGAGCAUUAUUCUAAGGAAAACGGAAAUACCUUUGCGGGGAUUCUCAGGUCAAAGCCGUUGUUUUUCGAAUACCUUUUUUGUUCAGAGCUACCACCAGUUCUACGCGCUCGCUGUAUCUCUAGGAGCCCAACCGCUUCUGCACCAAGCCACCCUUCAACAAAUUGCACUGGCAGCGAGUCACAGCGUUACUUCCUAUGACUGCCGGCCCCAGGUACUGGAGUUUCUGCACAGAGCUAUGCCAGCAGAAAAAAUUGAUGCGGAUUCUUCGAGCGAGACCAACAAAGGGAAAUGGGAUAAUUCCAGUCAAGCUGAUAUCAAUGGCGAAGACGUCAAUUACCCUGUCUCCACUGCUAUUGCCGUGACUGUCUAUGGCCAAUCACGGGAUUUAUUGUCUGAAACAGACCCUCUUUUCUUUGAAGUGGCCCUGAAUAUGCCUAUUAGUCUAGGAAAUCGCCUUUUCGAGAGUCUUCGCGUGUCCAUCAUCCCGAGCAUUAGUUAUAAGCUUCAGUGCCAGCCCGUCUCUCCCGCAGGGAUUGCGAUUCCUGACAAUGAAGAACGGCUUCUGUCUUCUACAGAAAUCGCCGCUGGAGGAGAUAUUGACGUACAGUGUGCUGCUAGCGGCUUUGUCUUCGAGCUCGAGACUACGUCAGGCGAAGGAGAGUACCGCCAUAUUUAUGUUUCCAAACCCCUCCUAAUAGACUGCCUUGCAGCCGCCCCUGCUAGCGCGUUGGAUCUUACAAUAUGUCUUGCGCGAACCCGCAUACUGGACAGUUCAGGAAGCAGAAUUCAACAGCAUUCAGCUAUGUACCGUCACCUGUCUAGGCACCAACCACCAGAGUUUUGUGUCCAAGCUGAGGUGGUUGGUUGGGCUCAACAGAGCAUCGCUUCUUUAGGGACGGCUUCGUGCGAAGGAGGCUCACUACCAUGUGAGCAUGGAGCUCUGACAAAUAUAAAAAGGCACAUGUGGAGCACAUGCGUUCGAACCAUUCGAAUUUUCGCACCCUUUUGGCUGGUCAAUCGACAACCAGAAGCCCUUUUUGUAUCUUAUUGCCACCGUCCUAUUCAGUUCAUGUCCCCUUUCGACUGGAGGCUUUUGGGAGUACCUUCAGAGGGAAAGGCAUACCUUGCCCUUGGUGUCGCUCCUGAUGAAGAAGCUACUCACUUUUCUUCGCAUAAAGACUUCAGCAGUGGUGCUCUGGCUGAAGAUAUACGAGCUGCACGUUCAAGGAAGGCGCCAGUCGCGAAGCUGUGUCCAGCAUUUCGUGCGGAUACUGUUGGGCGUCCGACUGCUGUUUCUGUACCAACACAAGUUCCAAAGAAGGCGCUGUUCAAGCAGAAAAGCAAAAAGUGUUUCCACUUCGGAGUAACAGCGGCUCUGGCUCCUCCUCCGUUCUCCCGCUCCAGAGUAAUUAGCAUCCAUAGCCGUUUUGUGUUGAAGAAUUGCCUCCCUUGUGAAAUUUGGGUUCGAGAGAGCAGUGGCUCCGCAAGGCCCCUUCGGCUUUCACCAGGGUUCCAAAUACCAUUUCACCCUGAGGCAUUAGGACCCCGAGGCGAAGCCCUUAUAUGCAUCACGAAAACUGACCCUGUUGCAAUUGAAUCUCUUUUGCGGAAAGCAGCAACUUCAGAAGUGGCAAACUCGCCUUGCGACGGCGAGUCAAAGGCACAGACCAUAGAAAAGGCUGUGUGGUCGGCUCAGCUGACAGUAGCCCGCAGCGCGUCCUUUCAAAUUCGAGUCAAGAAACCGAUGCAGACUGCGCCUAACCCCUUCGGAAACACCGGCCCGCAAGCAGGUCAACGAUUACUUGUCAAAGAAGGCAGGGCACUAUCGUGGGAAUAUCACAACAUUCAAGUACAGAUCCGGUCACUAGAGAGCGCUUCAUUCGUGGUGGUAUUCAGUGAGCCCGUUGCAUCUGAAUAUCUGUUGGUGAAUAAUACCAAUCAUAUAAUUGCUUUUGCCCAAAGCGGUCUUCGCAGUAAAAGCGUAUGGGAGAUUCUUGAGAGAGGGCAGCAAGUAGAGUACGCAUGGACUGAACCACAACGAGAAAGAAAGUUUCUAAGAUUUUCCUUUCGGGAUCAAGGCCAGAAGGUGGUAAAGACGUGUGACAUCGCGCGAGUUCGCGCUCACCGUCCUCUCACCUUACUGAGCUCGAAGGAAAAAAUAUAUUUUGUUACAGAAGUAUCCGGCAGCCGAAGGAGGGUGACUAUUACACAUGAUGCUCCGCAAGGUACAAUAAACACAUCUUCAGCUGCGCGUAAUGUGUGGAGAAGUCUUCAGCAUGACAUCUUUAGAAUUCGGCGAAACAGAAAAAAACAAAGAAUCUGGAAAGACGCGGACACGAGAGGGCCAGGUUUACCCAGGAAGAAAGCCUUUCUUCCUUUGCACGCUGUGCCGGCAGAAGUCCCAAGACAAGACCAAUCGUUUACUGCGGCCUCACAUCGGCCUUCGCAGGCUGUCGUUCUGAAAUCGCAAUGCAGCAAUGAAAGUGCCAAUCAUCCAUGUGGAAAAACAGAAGAUACAGCACUUGCGACACAAAGAAGGACAAGACAUCUGGAAAGCACUUCAGCAAGAAACAGUUCAAAAAUGACCCACAAGGGGACACUGUCUCCCAAAAAAAAGUUGAGAUUCCAGCAGAUGGGGACAAAGGAGUCAAACUUUACCGUUUCAAGCGGCAGUCCAGCUUCUAGUGGAGAGAGCUCUUUAGCGUCUUCCCUCUUUGAAGAAAUUGACGGUCGUGUGCAGACAAAUGCAGUGAGCGAAUCCGCAAUGUCUAAAAGUACUGAAGAAAACGAAAGAAUUAGGAGGCGUGGGAAGAAAAUUUUUAAUUUAAGAGCUAGGAGCACUGGUGGAAACUCGACAAGUCGUGGCGUCCGAAGCGCUAUCAAGUGUACUGCGAAGGGCAGACGCAGCCAUGGCAUGACGCAUGAGCUUUUAGGCUCAUCAUCUUCCAGUGAAAUGAACCAAAGGGCAGUGCCAUCGGGAAAGAGCACCUUUACGGAGAUUGGAUUCUACGUGGGAGUUUUUGUGCGAGGUGUAGGUAUCUCGCUGGUUGACUCAACUCCCCAGGAACUCGCCUUUUUCGGUUGUACGGGCAUUUCUGUUGAGUUAAGGCGGCUCCAUAAAGCUUCUAUGCAGGAUUUCCGUAUGUCAGUAGAGGUCCUUCAGGUAGACAAUGGCGUUCCUGGUGCUCAGCAUCGUACGAUCCUGAGGCAUGCCACUCCUGAAGAAAGAGUUGAGCUGCACGGCGAAGGCAGUUCAAGCCACACAGCAGAUGGCUCAGUUGCCACUGGGGCGUCUGAAGGCUUGCUUCAGUCUGUUAUUAAGCCCUUGAUAACUUGGAACUCAUUCGAAGAGAGCGAAAAGGAAGAGCCGAAUUUGUUUUUUCGGCUUCAGCUCGGUGGCCAGUGGAAAAAAGAGGCGACUCUCUUGGAUUAUCUUGAUAUAGAACUUGCGCCCAUAGCAGUACAUGUAGAAGCGGAUACCACCUACGUGCUCAUGCGCUUUCUGAUGCAGCUUCUCCAAAACCGUACCUUUUUCAUUGUGUCGCUACAGGAACGCAACGUGCAGUUAGUGCGAGAGGCAGCUGCCAACAGACCAGACACCUCUGGCUACCAACAGCUGCGGGCAUUUCCAGAAGCAAGAGUUCCCAUAGCUAGCAGCAUGAAACCGCUCUACAUUCGUGCACUUGCCAUUCGGCCUAUUCUCCUCAUUUUGUCGACUCGCUCUCAGCGAGUGCAGCAGGGACAUAUAACCAGGGGUCAUGAAGAUUUCUUAGCUAUGCGCCAAUUCGAAGUUGUUGGGGACCGGAUGACCGACAUUACAAACUUCCCGUUGAAAGCCCGCCUUUUUGUCCAGCAGUGUGUUUUUACCAAUGGAGAGCAGCUAGCUGCUGAUAUAGCAUACUCUUAUAUUCAGCAGUGCAUUUGGCAGCUUCACAAACUUCUGGCGUCAAUAGACGUCAUUGGGAAUCCUCUGCGCCUUAUCACUGGAGUGUCUUCCAGCUUAAGGAUCGCCACUGCACAUCACUCCGAAGGUACGCUUAUUGCCUGA